AUGGGGGCUCAAUUGGCAUGCCAAUUCCAGAUCCCAAAUGCUAAGCUAGAGUCAAAUUGCCAGUCACUUAUACAUAAGAUUGGAAAUCCAGAGGUGGUGAGAAAUGAAAUAGGGAUCUUGUGUAUAAGUAUUCGACGAGCUUUAAAGCAGACAGGAGAUGGUCGUUGGCAGCAUACCCCAAGGGAGGCAAAUGGCGCUGCACACGUUACGGCCCAUGCAGAAGGCAUUGGAGAGGAUCGGGUAAUUUGGCUUGAUACGCCCCCUAGUUUUCUUAUUAAUCAGCUUCAGCUGGACAAUGUAACCGCAUCGUCUGAUUAA